AUGAUUAGUACACAUUGUGUUAUUAAUCGGCAAGUUUUGGCUUCCAAAACAUUGCCACAGAAAUUACGCCAGACUUUGGAUGCGGCUAUAAGGAUUGAUCUCGAUUCUGAUCACAAACUUCUUCUGUUCCAUACAGAUGUACGCUGGCUGUUCAAAGGCAACAUGUUGGCUCGCCUUUACGAAUUGAAAGAAGAGGUAAUUCUUGUUCUUGAGUUCAAAGAAAAACACGAUCUCUUGACAAAGCUCAGAGAUGACACAUUUCAAUGGAGGUUGGCUUAUUUAACUAACAUAUUGACUCCUUGA